UUGUGUAGUUGAUUUAAAGUGUUGGGUAACGAAGAGAAUAAGGUUUUAAUUAUGAGUGAAAACAAACAAAUGAAAGAAGAAAAAAAAAUACGGACAAAAUUGUAUACAGCGGUUCUUAACGGAAACGUAGCUAAUCUAAAAAAGUUACUUACAAGUGAUAAAAUCAAUUACAAGGAGCAUAUUAAUGACCUAUACGAAGAGGAUAGAGUGGAAAAAAGUCUUUUAUACAUAGCCUCAGAAAAACGUGACAUACAAUGUUUAACUGAACUGAUUAAACAUGGCGCAGAUUUAAAUAUAACUAGUUCUAAUAAGAAAACUCCACUCUAUAUCGCUGCAGAAAAAGGUGGCAUACAAUGUUUAACUGAACUGAUUAAACAUGGCGCAGACUUAAAUAUAACUAGUUCUAAUAAGAAAACUCCACUCUACAUCGCUGCAGAAAAAGGAAAUAAAGAGUGCCUUAUUCUAUUACUUGACAAAGGUGCAGAUAAAGACAAAGGAGGCCCAUAUGAGGCUACUCCAGCUUUUAUAGCAGCUUUGAAAAAACACCAAAAUUGUCUGACUGAAUUAAUCAAGAGAGGGGCACCAGUAAAAAGACGUGACACCAUUUUCGAAAUAGAGGGCACUGUGGCCAAUGAUUUGCACAAAGCAAUUGAUUCAGGUGAUGCUGAGAAUCUAAAAAGUCUUAUUAAUGAUAAUGACUUGUCAGAAAUAAUCAAUAAGAGAGAUGCAACAGGCAAAACUGUUUUCCAUCUCGCAGUAGAGAAAAAUCGAAAACAGUGCCUAGAUUUGUUGAUAGAAUCCGUCCCAGACGAAAAAAAACCCACAGUUAUUGACAAACCUAACGUUUAUGGUUAUACUCCACUUUAUAUUGCGGCCAUAGUGAAGAAUGAUUGUUUCGCCUUGUUGAAAGAAAAUGUUGCCAAUUUUAGCAAAACUUUGUACUCAGCUGCUUUAGAAGGACAAAAAGAGUGUUUGCAAAAUUUUAUUCAAGAAGAUAUCAACUUUGGAUAUAAAGCGUACAAGCGUUGUUCUAAAACGGAUGCUCAAGCCAAUGGUGAAAAUAACUCAAAUCGUAGCGGUCCCGGUGAAGAUGAAGCACGAACACGUUUAAUGGAAGAUCACUCUACCGAUGCAAGCGAAACACGGUGUUUCAAAUGUUACAUUAAAGAAGAUGACUUAAAAUGUACCGACUACGACGAAGGCGAAACACAGUGCUUAAAAUGUUUCAUUGAAGAAGAUGGAGAUUGUUUAGUUCAUGAACAUGAUGAUCCCUGUUCCAAUAGUCUAAUAGAGGAAAUUUUUGCCCAUGUUAAUGAACCGGUUAAUUUUAUAAACCAUGUAUUUGAUUCCACCUCAGUGGAUAUUGAGAAGUCAAAAAUGAAUAAAGAGAAAAUUUACAGAGUGGAUUUUAAAAUGUUCCUGCCUAAGAGAGGCACAGAUCGCGGCCAAAUGCACGUUUUUGCUUGUUUAUUGAAGGCAAUGAAUAAUGAAGAAGAAAUUAUUGUUCUGAAUAACAUUUUCUGUCAAAUAUUUUUGGAAGCAAAACUGAAAACUAGAACCUUGUUCUGGAUAUUGCUCUUUAGACUUUUUAUCUGGUAUGCAUACUUUGCCUGUGUAGUUUUGUAUACUGCUGUUGUGCUAAACAUUUUUGAAUUCGCUUCAGUUCAUUUAAUACUGAUAAGCACCAUGGGAAUAUUUCUGCUAAUACGAUUCUUACUGCAAAUAAAUCAGAUACUUCUCCUUCUGGAAGACCGUCAGUCAGGAAUUUACUCUGGAUGGACGAUCGCAAAGUCUGUUCUAGUCAUAGUUUCUGUGAUGUUCACAAUCUUUUACCUCAUAGUUACCGUAUUCUUCAUGAACACCAUGAUGCAUGGCCACGAAAUAAGUACUUUGAGCAAGGUGUUGGCAAUAAUCAUUAUUAUACUACACAACAUAGAAUUUAUUAUGAUACAUCUUAAAUUUACCACAGUUAGCCAAUAUUACUCCAUGUUUCUAAUAGUAUUAUACAAAACCCUCAAGGCAAUCGUGUUCUUGUUUCUGCCAAUUUCUUGCUUCAUAAUUAUUUUCCACAUACAAUUUCUAUACAACAGCGAAUUCAGCACGUUUUUUCGCAGCCUUGUUAAAACAAUCGUGUUGAUGACCGGCGAAUUCGAGUACGAAAAGACUUUACAAGACGAGUGCAAUCUGACAGCUUCAAGUGCAGACAGAAGCAAUUUAGAAUUAUUUUAUGUGCGAUUCAUAUUCCUUGCUUUCAUAAUCUUAGUCAACUUGGUUUUGUUGAACUUGAUUAUUGGUUUAUCGGUAGAUAACGUCGCAAGGGCAAAGAAAGCAGGCAAUGCUGUGAGUAUACGCCAGAAAGCUGAAUUUUGCAUACUAGUGGAAAAUUUUUUGCGAUACGUGAAAAAAAAAUCUGGAGUCCAAUGGAUUAAAAAUUUGGCGGGGUUUGUGGAGAAGCACGCCAAAGUUGAGUCGCCUUAUGAGAUGAAGAGAAGCAAAAUUUACGUAUUCCGCCAGAAAACUUUCGACUCUCUAGACGAAUUUGUGAGAAAUGCUAACCUUUCAAAACAACAAAACGAUCUUUUUACGUUGGUUUACAAUUCUUCUGGGACGAGCCAGGAAGAAAAAAAAAAUGAGUGUGUCGAGCCAGAGACGCACGUUUGAGUUUUAUUUCUACGUUGUCAGUUGAUAAAUUAUAAAUUAAACACGUAUACGCGACAAAGUCAUCAAUUUUCUCUUCAAAAAUAAUAAAAACCAAAAAUAUGUUGUAUUUGUAUUUUUUGACAAAAUGAUGAUUAAUGAUGAUGAUUUAAAGUAAAUACCCAUGUAUUAUCAAUUGUUGUUUAUUACAAAAUAUACUUUUUUUUAUUUA